AUGAUUCAGGAUGAGACGUCCCGGCAAAUUACCAUACCGUGUGCAUUUAUGCGAGGUCGCUUUGCGUACGUUUCCGGAGUUUUAUCCUGUUUCCUCUUCCGUUUCCAUAAAAGUUGCGCGUGUAUAUUUGGAUUGCGUGUUGUCAUUGUUGCCUCCCACGUGCUAAACCCCGGGGUUCUAGAAAUCCUUACGGGGCUGGAAGCGUCUGGUUUGAAAUAUGCAAUAGUCAACUUCCCUGUAAACCGUGUUGGGGCAUCCAUUGCCGUUGUUCAUCACAGGCCUUGGACUCUGUGGUGA